UUUCUCUAAUUUAAUAAUAUGUUGUAUUUUAUGAGGAAAUUUCCAAGCUUAGAAAUUUCCAUAUUUAAGCUAAUCUAUCUUGUAAUGUUUAGUGAAAUUUCAUCAAGAUUUUCUUCACUGCAUGGUGAGAGAAGACUGAAUUGUCCCACAGCACCAUUUAUUGUGGACAGGACAGCCAUGGUUUCACUGGUUGUGGUGGCUGUAUUUCUUCUCUGUGGGACCCUGUUUCAACCCCCCCAGGCGGCAGCAUUCAAACCUCUUUUUCAGGAUGGCUCCAUCACGCAUCGAGAAAUCACUCAGAUGGCCAUCCUCCGCAAGACAGCAGAAGUGUGCCGUGACAUAGCCACUGCCCAGGGACGAGACUUUACACUGGCUAUAAACAACAGACUGACUGUAUCUGCUGUCCAACGAGCCUGCGCAACAUCUCCUACUUCAACUUCUGCCAUCUCUUCACUGGGUUUUUAUUCAGUGAUAACAGAGAUUUAUCUAAGCAAUGCAGUCAUAGAUGCAGCGUUUGCUCUGAGUGCGGCGCGUCACAUAGAUAAUGAGGCUUUCGGUGAGGGCCGGGACCUCAUCACUAGUGGCCUGGCUGCAGUAAAGGCCAGUGUACAGCAGGGGAGCUAUAUCUCUGGUCGAAUCACACUGGGGGCUGUAUGUCAUACACUACAGGAUUUCUAUAGCCACAGUAACUGGGUGGAACUGGGAAGCACUGCUCCUUUCAGCCCCCUGAUCAGACGUGAACUUCCUCUCAACAAUCUAGCAGACCGCAGCACACCAACAUGCAAAAGCUGCACUGGGAAAGACUGUAGAGAUAACAUUCUCCCGGAAAUAUUGCUGCAUAAGAAACUAACCUCAGGAUAUUUCAGCAUGGUCUUCUCUGCAAAACCUGUGGGCAAGUGUAGCCAUGGCGGCUUUCUUGAUAGGACCAGUUAUAGAGACCCCACCGGAGGCAUCAACAAGGAUGACAUCAGCUCAAGUCACGGCUUCCUUCAUCAGCGUGCCGCUGAAAUGGCCAUCAAUGCUACUAUGGAACUGCUGCAAGACAUCCGACUGGCCACAGGCAACAGAGCCUUUCUUCGAUUGAUGGGCCUGAGUCAGACCUCAGUUCUGGCUUUUGUGAUUGACACCACAGGCAGUAUGUCUGAUGACAUUGAAGAAGCCAAGAGAGUGUCCUUCAGUAUCAUAGACAGCAGGAGAGGAACACCAGAGGAACCUUCAGAAUACAUUCUAGUCCCAUUUAAUGAUCCAGAUUUUGGACCUCUGACAAGGACUAAGGAUGCAGAUAUUUUCAAAUCGAUAAUCAAUUCCCUCACAGCAUAUGGUGGAGGAGACCUUCCAGAGAUGUGCCUGUCAGGACUGCUGUUGGCACUGGCAGGGGCUUCUCCGUCUUCAGACAUUUUUGUUUUCACAGAUGCUUCAGCAAAGGACAUUCACUUAAAAAGCACCGUUCAGGUCAUGAUAGAACGCACCAAGUCAACAGUCACUUUCAUGUUGACUGACCCCUUCUCAUUACGUAGAAGACGGGAUGUCUCACAAUCUCAACAGUUUAAUUCAAGAUCAAUUCCUCUGUCAGACAUACAGCUGUACAGAGACCUGGCUCAAAUUUCUGGUGGACAGACCAUAGAGGUCUCAAGGGCUAAACUUUCUCAGGCCACGGCAGUCAUUACGGAUGCAUCAACCUCAGCCCUGGUAACUGUUCUUCAGGUUGUGAGAAGUCCAGCCAUUGCAGAAAACUUUUCUUUUGUGUUGGAUCCAUCUCUGUCCAAUGUGACUGUGUAUGUCACCGGAGACUCUCCAGUCUUUACCCUCUACAGCCCAGCAGGUGUGUCUCAGUCAGAUUCAGUGGCAGAUGGUCCUCUGGGUAGCAUCCUGACUGUUGGGAAUUUAAGGAGAGUUACACUAAACUCUGACAACCAGACAGGGAUGGAAUGGAAGAUCAGCAUUAACUCUGCAAGCUUCUACAGCCUUAAAGUCACUGGCCAGAGCUCUGUGAACUUUCUCUUUAACUUUGUGGAGCAGUCAGAGGGAGGUGACAUCACACCGAAAGCCAAUCGUCCAUUCAUCGGUCGGAAUGCUACUUUGUUUGUCUCUGUGACCGGAGGAGAUUCAGUCACAGUGACAGACGUGCUUCUAGUUGAAGCUUCAGGAUCUGAUGUUGUUAAUGGAACCAUCAAAGCAGUGGGAGCGACAGACUUCCUGGUGAACGUAGACAGAAUCCCAGAGGGGGCAUUUGUGGUCCAACUUAAAGGGCUGUUGGAUGAUUCAACUCGAUCUUUGCCUAGUCAAUUCCAGAGACAGUCACCAACACAGCAAAAAGGCUCUAGAGUUACCAUCACGGCCCAACCAAGUAGCACCAUAGAGCCUGGAAUUCCUUUAAAUCUCAACUUUACAUUGGUCAAUAAUACUACAGGGAGCAACUACACUAUCCGAGCUCGGACUGACCGCGGCUUCAGCGUGUCUUUCCCCAGCUCUCUGAAUGUGGGGACAGACGGAAGCGCUCAAGGAACUGUAACACUGACCGCACCCUCCAACACAGAGUCAGGGACGGAUGUCACACUCACUAUUGAAGCAGAAGAUCCAGAGUCCAGUGACUCGAAUUACGUGGCACUGCGGUUCAGUGUCAUGACUAAGGUGACUGAUAUUUCUAGCCCUGUCUGUCAGGUAGUGAGCAUCAAAGCUGACUGUCCUGUGGAAUGCAGCACGGCAUCAUGGGAACUCUCCGCCAACUUGACGGACGGGAAUGGUACAGGCAUAUCCGAUGUGUCUUUCAACAGUGGGAACGGCUCUCUCAGCUUAAGAAAUGUGAUUAGUGAGGAUGGCACAAAUGUGACUGUGGCGUCCUACAAUGCUUCCUGUUGUUCUCAGGAAGUAGAGCUGGUAGUUGUAGACAUGGUGGGAAAUGUGGGCACAUGUUUCACUUCUAUAAAGAGUCCCUCUGUAACUGCAACCACAGUUGAGCCUUCAACAAUCACCACGGUCAAAACCACACCCAAUAGAGGCUACUUUGUGUCUUUCUCAAUGUGUGUUUUGCUCUGCAACUUAAUUGUUUUUUUUUUAUGUGAAUAGGAGAAACUUUAGUUGAGUUGAAACUUCAGUUAUAUAAUGAGAUAAGAAUAACAUGCCUCUGAAGUA